AUGAAGAUAAUAUACUGGAAUAUUAGGGGCCUAAGAAGACCUAGGGAUCAGGAUAAACUAAGGUCUUUGGUGCAUCAGUUUAGUCCUUCUUUAGUGUGGAUUGCAGAACCAAAAGUAAAAUGCAGUGCUUCUUUUUGUGAAAAAUUAAACUUAGCUGGAAUGCAGAGUAUGGUGAUUCAUAACUACUCUUCAAAUAAUAAAGGUAACAUAUGGUUAUUCUGGAAUAAAAAUAUUACAACUCCUCAAGUAAUUUUAGUUUCUAGUCAAAUGAUCACAGUUAGUAUUGGAGAUGUUCUUGUAUCUGGAAUUCAUGCUCAUGUCAAGAAAGUUCAAAGAAGAUUCUUAUGGUCUGAGAUGGAGAUAAUUAGUGAUCUUAAAAAACCUUGGAUUGCUUUAGGUGAUUCUAAUGCAGUCAUUUCACAAGAUGAAAAAAUGUGUGGCAAGUCUCCAAAUAGAGCUUCAAUGUUAGAUUUCUCAACUUGUUUAGACAAUUGUGAACUAAUUCAAGCUCCUAAAACUGGAUUACAAUUCUCAUGGUCUAAUUGUCAACAAGGAAAGAACAAAAUCAUGUGCACACUUGAUAAAGUUGUGUUUAAUCAACAAUGGUUGCAAAAAUAUGGAGAUUGGGUCUAUAAAGUUGGGUUAAGAAUUGUUUCUGAUCAUGCUCCAUUAUUAGGAGGUUUCUCUAAUAUUCCUAAGACACAUAACAUUCAAAAGAUGUGUAUUUAUCACCCAGAGUUCUUGUCAGUAGUUAAAGAGUGUUGGUCUCAACACAUAGCUGGUGAUCCUGCUUAUGUCUUUAUGCAUAAGUUAAAAGUUAAAAUUAAAGAAGCAGAAGAAAAAUUUAAAAUAGCAAUGCAACAUUCAGAUAACAAUCCCUUUGAUGAAGAAGCUUUACACAACCUUGUGACAGCUCAGAAUGAACAUGCUACUAGAGAGGUACAAGCUAAUACUCUAUUAAGUUAUACCACUUCAGAUCAAGCAAUGUUGGAUGCAGUACCAAGCAAUGCAGAGAUUAAAAGCAUCAUUUUUGAAAUGGAUCCAGAAAGUGCUCCUGGUCCUGAUAGUUUUUAUGGUAUUUUCUAUAGAUAUUGCUGGGAAAUCAUCUGCAAUGAUCCAGUAGCAGCAAUUCAAUUCUGUUGGGAGAGAAAAUUCAUUCCAAAAGGGCUCAAUUCCAAUUUCUUAGUUCUUCUUCCAAAAUGUCAAUGA